UUUGGCGCGAGAUUUCAUUCUCUGGUAAGAGUGUUAGUCUAUAAUCUAAGGUCUUAGUCAGCGGGCUGCAGUAGCAGGCAGUAAAGAUUGGAAAUGGAAAAGGGAAUGUUUAUUAAACUUGCGGGGAAGAUGGGUAUAACGUCUACAAAAAUAAUAAGCCAAGCAGAGGAAUAUAUGAGGUUGUGUCAAGUCAAAUGCACCGGCCUCAGGAACUUAACAGUGACGAGUAAAGCUGUCAUAUGCCUCGAUCUGGCCGCGAAGGUCAUGAGAUUCCCCCUAGACAAAGAAUAUGCCGUUAAACUGUCUGGGUUAAAUACGAGAACUUAUCAGAGCAAUUUAAAAUCUAUGGAGUGUAUGCUGGGCCUGGAAUCAAACCUGGGACUCCGAGACCUGGCCGUGCAGUAUGGGUGCACCGAGUCUGUGAAGGCUGCCGCCAUUAUGCUGAAAAGAUAUGAAGAGAGUCUCCCUGAAGCCCAGAGGCUGGACAUAGACCUAUCAAAGCCCCUGUUCACAACAGCAGCCCUAUUCACAGCCUGCAAAUGCAUGAAAAUCAAAGUGAACAAGAAAAUGGCAGCCUCAUCGGGAGCCAAAAGGGGGAUCUUCGACCGGCUGUGCACCCAGCUGCAGAAGCUGGGGCAGGAAGUCUGCAUUGAGCGGCCUCCGCUUAAGGUGCCAUCAAGGACUCUUCAGAAAAGGCCAAAAUCACUGCAAGAGCGUAUUGAGCAGGAAGAACAAGAGGACGAGCUGUCAGCUUCUCCAAAAAAACAGAAAUGUGACCCAGAGGAAUGUGUGAAAGAGGACUAUGAAGAAUGGAAGAGGAGAAUUCUGGAAAAUGCCCUCAAAGCCAAGAAAGUGGAUGCAUAGAUUUAUUUUUAAUUUGUACAUUUUAUGUUAAUUGUAAAGUUUGUUCAUUGUUUGAGUUUGAUGGGGGAGGUGCCAAGUUUGACCUUCUAGAGGGUAGCAAAGUUUCCGAUCUUUGAUGGUAAUUGUAAUGUGGACAAUUAUAGUUAAAUUGUAGUAUUGCCUCCUUAAGUGAUGACAGGAAUGUACCAUAUAUGAAUUUGUACAAUGAUGGUGCAUGUUAAAGCCUUUGAAGAUGUGAAAUCUCCAAUUGCAA